GCAUGUGUGGUGUCGCUGCAGCUCGGCAUACGUUGGUGGGAGUACCCCCUGCACAGGUCCCUUUUGCAGUGCAGAUCCAGUAGUUGGAGUUGUUGUACACCGAGCACGAGAGGGAGAGGAGAGGAGCGCGAGCGCAGCAGCUGAGUGAGCAAACAGAGGUAGAAACAUUAGGUUAUCUUCUGAGACUAUCAAACACUCACCUGUCACUUUUACCGCUCCGUGCCAAGUCUACUUGGAAGAGGACCUCAGCGGCAGUCAGCGGCGGCGGAGGCGGCAGCAGCAGCAGCAGCAGCGCCCUGGUCUGGUCUGGUCUGCUCGAGCAGCCGCCUGCGUAAAACUCCCAAACGCGGUCGUCUCAGCUGGCAUGAGCUAACCUAAUAGACAGACAUGGAAACCAAACCGUUCCUGUCAUUGGGGUUCCUGAAGCCCCAGUGCUCGUUGGCUCCUCCCAUGCAGCGAGGUCGUUCGGGCGAGGCUUGUUCCUGUUUCAGUGGCAUGUGUCCCCUCCACCAGCGUCGCCUAUCCUCAGAUUCGAGCCACCUGUCAUCGCCCCUGGGCUCACCCACAUCUCACCGGGGAAUGCACCCAUCUCUGCUCAGCCCGACGUCCAUGGGGCCCUCGGGCUCUCUCCACUCUCCCAUCAGCACGCUGAGUUCACCCAUGAACGGCCUGGCCUCACCCUUCUCCGUCAUCAGCUCGCCCAUGGGUUCCCACUCCAUGAACUCGCCCGGCAUGGGCUACGGCCCCAGCGUCAGCCCCCAGCUGAACUCUCCGAUGAACUCGGUCAGCAGCACGGAGGACAUCAAGCCUCCGCUGGGACUCAACGGCGUGAUGAAGGUGCCCGCCCAGCCCUCGGGCACGGUCCUGUCGCUCACCAAACACAUCUGCGCCAUCUGUGGUGACCGCUCCUCAGGUAAACACUAUGGGGUAUACAGCUGUGAGGGCUGCAAAGGUUUUUUCAAAAGGACGGUGCGCAAAGAUCUGACCUACACCUGUCGCGACAACAAGGACUGUGUCAUUGAUAAGCGCCAGAGGAACCGCUGCCAGUACUGCCGCUACCAGAAGUGUUUAGCCAUGGGCAUGAAGAGAGAAGUUUUGUUACAUGCAGCCGUUCAGGAGGAGCGCCAGCGAGCCAAGGAGAGAAACGAGAAUGAGGUGGAGUCCACCAGCUGCGCCAACGAGGACAUGCCCGUGGAGAAGAUUCUGGAGGCUGAGCAGGCGGUGGAACCCAAAACCGAGACCUACAUCGAGACCAACCUUGGAGUGCCAUCCAAUUCGCCCAACGACCCAGUGACAAAUAUCUGUCAGGCAGCUGACAAACAGCUCUUUACUUUGGUGGAGUGGGCCAAGAGGAUCCCACACUUCUCUGAGCUGCCGCUGGACGACCAGGUCAUCCUUCUACGAGCAGGUUGGAAUGAACUCCUCAUUGCAUCAUUUUCGCACCGUUCGAUAUCGAUUAAAGACGGUAUCCUGUUGGCGACCGGGCUGCACGUCCACCGCAACAGUGCCCAUAGUGCCGGAGUGGGAGCCAUAUUUGACAGAGUGCUCACAGAACUGGUGUCAAAGAUGAGGGACAUGCAGAUGGAUAAGACAGAACUGGGGUGCCUUCGAGCUAUAGUCCUUUUCAACCCAGACUCUAAAGGUCUGUCCAAUCCAGGUGAGGUAGAAGCUCUGAGAGAGAAAGUGUAUGCGUCUUUAGAGGCCUACUGCAAACAGAAGUACCCCGACCAGCCUGGCAGAUUUGCCAAACUGUUGCUGCGGUUACCAGCGCUGCGCUCCAUCGGCCUCAAGUGUCUGGAGCACUUGUUUUUCUUCAAGCUCAUCGGCGACACGCCCAUCGACACCUUCCUCAUGGAGAUGCUAGAAGCUCCGCAUCAAAUGACAUAAUAGCAGAGAGGGUGGAGCCCUCCUUACCCUGUCCCCCCACACCCCCACCCACCCCUCACAUUUCCCACCAGCCCUGGAUCGGGAGUUUUUUUUUUUUAAAAAAAACAGCAACCCGUCUCCAGCAAGGGACAGAUCACGUGACGAGUUUGGAUGGAGACCCUCUCCCUCCCUUCCCCUCUGUUUCAAAACAAUUCUUCAUGUCUAUGGGUCUGUUUUAUACCUUGUAAAAAUAUAUAAAUAAGAAAUAUAUAUAUAUGAAAAUCAUACGGCAACACGAGUGACAACAGUGGACUUAAAAUAAGGUCGGACAGAAGACAAAAGAAACGGAUUGAGCCAUCGUUUUCAUCCUCGCUUUUCCUACACCUUGACAAGAAAAAGCAAAGAUGAUCAGGUUUUUGACACCCACAGUUCUGCUUGCAGGUAUCUUGAUAAAAGAAAAAAAAGCGGCGGUGAUGUCAUAUUUGGACACUCAGCGUUGUGAUCGGGACAA